CAACAAUCGAAUUGAUAUUUCUUUUGUGAUAAUCAUGAGUACCGUGGAAGAGAUGACAUCCAAGUUCAACAAAUUGGACAAGUUUCAAGGGAACGAUUUCCGUAGAUGGCAGAAGAAGAUGCACUUUCUUCUCACCACGUUGAAGGUUGUGUACGUGUUGAGCACUCCCAUGCCGGAGGUGAUGGAAGAUGAAACCUUGGAACAAACUAGGAGGCGCAACAAGUGGGAGAACGAUGACUACAUAUGUAGAGGCCACAUCCUUAACGGUAUGUCCGAUGCGUUAUUUGAUAUUUACCAAAACGUUGAGAGUGCGAAGGAAUUGUGGAAUUCUCUUGAGUCAAAAUACAUCGCCGAGGAUGCUUCUAGUAAGAAGUUUUUGGUGAGUGAUUUUAAUAAUUAUAAAAUGGUUGACUCAAGGCCGGUUAUGGAACAAUACAAUGAACUCCUUCGUGUUCUUGGUCAAUUUAAACUCCACAAGAUAGGUGUUGAUGAGUCCUAUGCCGUGUCGAGUAUAAUUGACAAACUUCCAC